AUGUUGAACCUCCAAGUACAACCUUCAAGUUCAACCUUCGAGUUCAACUUUGAGUUCAACUUUGAGUUCAAAACCCGAGUUCAACCUUCAAAAUCAACCUUCAACUUCAACAUUCCAGUUCAAACUUCAAGUUCAACCCUCAAGUUCAACCUUCAAGCUCAAACUUCAAGUUCAAAAUUCAAGUUGAACCUUCAAGUACAACCUUCAAGUUCACCCUUCAAGUCUAAUUCCGAGUUCGAACUUCAAGUUCAACCUUCGAGUUCGACCUUCAAGUUCAAACUUCAAGUUGAACCUUCAAGUUCAACUUUCAAGUUCAACCUUCAAGUUCAACCUUCAAGUCCAAACUUCAAGUUGAACCUUCAAGUUCAACCUUCACGUUCAAACUUCAAAUUCAACUUUCGAAUUGAACUUCCAAGUUCAACCUUCAAGUUGAAACUCCAAGUUAAACCUCCAAGUACAACCUUCAAGUUCAACUUUCAAGUUCAACUUCAAGUUCAACUUCAAGUUCAAACUCCGAGUUCAACCUUCAAGAUCAACCUUCAAGUUCAACCUUCAAGUUCAAACUUCAAGUUCAACCCUCAAGUUCAACCUUCAAGUUCAACCUUUAAUUCAAUCUUCAAGUUCAACAUCGAGUUCAACAUUCAAGUCCAAACUUCAAGUUCAACCUUCAAGCUCAAACUUCGAGUUGAACCUUCAAGUUCAAAAUUCAAGUUGAACCUUCAAGUACAACCUUCAAGUCUAAUUUCAAGUUCAAACUUCAAGUUCAAUCUCCGAGUUCGACCUUCAAGUUCGAACUCCAAGUUGAACCUUCAAGUUCAACCUUCGAAUUCAACCUUCAAGUUCGAACUUCGAGUUGAACCUUCAAGUUCAACCUUCACGUUCAAACUUCGAAUUGAACCUUCAAGUUCAACCUUCAAGUCCAACCUCCGAGUUCAAACUUCAAGUUCAACCUUCAAGUUGAAACUUGGAGUUGAACCUCCUAGUACAACCUUCAAGUUCAACCUUCAAGUUGAACCUCCUAGUUCAACCUUCAAGUUCGACCUCCAAGUUCAACCUCCGAGUUCAACUCCAAGUUAA